AUGAAAAAGAAGCAGUUUCCUUUUGGUGAAUCGGAAUCAGAUUCUGAAUUUUUCCUUAGACCCCAACGUCAUUCCAGUCCAUCAUUUAGCUCAUCCAAUGGAAAUAAACAAUCAUUAACCCAAAGAAAAAUUCAUACUGGUUCAAACAAUGGCAACAAUAAUCAAAAUGUCAUUCCACCAGCCUCCAUUUCAUCAUCCACUAGUUCAAACGGAUCUACCCCUUUAGGCGCUCUCAAAUCUGAUGAAACUAAAGAAAAUGAAAAAAAACAAAUGACAAUGAAUGGUUUAUUUACACUACGUCCAUCAAUUCUUAGCAGCGAAGCUACUGGAGCUACCUAUAGAGGUUUCUUAAAUCUUUUAUUAAUUUUAUUAAUUACAGCUAGUUUUAGAUUAGUAAUUUUAAAUCAUAUGCUAUAUGGUGUUAGAAUUAAUUUCGAUUUAUAUAAAAUUUCCGAAUAUCAUAGAUGGCCAGGUGUUAUGAUUACUCUCAGUUUUAAUUUAUUUAUUAUUGCAGCCUAUCUUAUCGAAAAAGCAUCAGCUCUUCAAAAGAUUCCAGAGAAGUUUUGCUACAUUCUUAGAAUUUUAAAUUGUGCUGGUAUUAUCUUUAUCCCAAGUGCAUCUAUUAUUGCAUUCCAUCCAAACCCAGCUUCAGGUAUUGUAGUUAUGAUCAUUACCUGUACCUUUGGUAUGAAGAUUAUUAGCUAUGCCUACGAAAAUAGCAAACAACGUAAAUUAAAUCCAGAUAACAAGAAAUUUAUAGCAAAUGGUGAUACUUCAAUCUAUCCAAAUAAUCUCUCACUCAAAAACGUAUAUUGGUUUAUGUUAAUUCCAACUUUAGUUUAUCAACUCUCAUACCCAAGAUCACCAUCCAUCAGAAAAGGCUAUUUACUCAGAAGAAUCGUUGAAGCUAUUAGUUUAUCCCUCUUGAUUCUUUGGAUGGCCAAUCAAUAUAUGUUACCAUUAGUUCAAAAUAGUAUUUUACCAAUGGAACAAUACGAUAUUGUAUUUAUUGCUGAAAGAAUUAUGAAAUUAUCUUUACCAAAUUUAUAUGUUUGGUUAUUAGGCUUUUACGUAUUUUUCCAUUUAUAUUUAAAUAUUGUUGCUGAAAUUACAAGAUUUGGCGAUAGAGAAUUUUAUAGAGAUUGGUGGAACAGUACAGGUUUAGAUUAUUUUUGGAGAACUUGGAACAUGCCAGUACAUCAUUGGAUGGUAGUUUUAAUCUAUACUCCAAUGAGAAGAAGAGGUUUUUCAAAGAAUUUAGGUUACUUUAUGUGUUUCUUUGUUUCUGCUAUUUUCCACGAAUUAGUAAUUUCAAUUCCAUUCCAUUCAUUAAAACUAUGGGGUUUCUUUGGUAUAAUGAGCCAAAUGGUUUUAAUUGCAUUAACUAAAAACUUAAUGAAUGGCAGAACAUUAGGAAAUGUCAUCUUUUGGAUCAGUAUAGUACUUGGUCAACCAUUAAUCGUUUUAUUAUAUUAUCGUAAUUUUGUAGAAGAAAAUCCAGAAUAUUAUCAAAACAAUACUCCAGCUACUAUCCCAACUAUGCCAUUUUAUUAA